GUUGCGGGUUCUUCGGUUUUAUCAUAUAUAACUUAAAAAUGGCAAAAAGGUCAAUUGCCACCUAUACAAUCCUUCUCCUCCUUUUCGUUCUUGCCAUUUCAGAAAUCGGUACAGUGAAAGGAAAAUUAUGUGAAAAGGCGAGCCAGACUUGGUCUGGAAAGUGUAAUUCCAAGAAGUGUGACAAAAAGUGCAUAGAAUGGGAGAAGGCAGUCCACGGAGCUUGUCACAAGCGUGAAGGGAAAGGCGGCUGCUUCUGCUACUUUGACUGUGACAAGAAACCUCCAAAAGAUGCAAAACCAGUUCCUCCUGAUGCCGUACCACCGCCUCCAAAAGAUGGUUCCCCUCCAAAAGAUGCGCCUCCUGCUGAUGGCGGCGGUUCCCCUCCUCCUGCCGAGGGUGGAUCCCCACCUCCUGCCGAGGGGGGAUCCCCACCUCCGGCUCCUUCACGACACUAAAAGCCUGCUCAUGGUAAAAGGAAAAAGGCUCAUCAGGGACUAGGUUGUAGCCAAAAAAUUGCCACAACUUGAGCUUCUGUCAGCCUAGAUAGAAAGCCUUAUAUGAUAAAAAUAAAUGAGAAGAUUCCUCCUAAUUAACAAAUUUAGCAUUUUCAAAGGUGUAAUAUGUGUUUCGUUUUUAAUCAAUAACUUAAGAUUCAAGGCAUUAGUACUUUGUCAAUUUAAGAAAUCUACUUUUAUAAUCAUGUCCAAUAGCACC